GCUCGACUUUCUAUAUCUCGUAGUUCCCACCUGUUAUAUUGUGUUGUGACUUGUGAAGUGUGUUCCUAUCUAUAUCAUCUUCGCCUUGCCACCUUUUUCCUAGUUCAUUCAUACAAAUGGAUUAUUCUAAUUUGCGACGCCAAGCCGCAUCCAUGAAAAAGAGUCUCUUUGAUCAGGGGUACCUAGAUGAGCAAUUUUGUCAGGUGGAAGACUUGCAGGAUGAUGCUAGUCCUAAUUUUGCUGAAGAGGUCGUUACUUUGUUUUUCAAGGACUCUGCCAGGCUAAUAUCCAACAUUGAGCAAGCACUGGAAAAAUACCCCAAAGAUUUCAACAAGUGGGAUGCAUACAUGCAGCAACUAAAAGGCAGCUGCUCCAGCAUUGGUGCUUCAAGGAUGAACAGUGAGUGCAUGUCAUUCAGGGAUUAUUGCGGGCAAGGAAAUGCAGAAGGUUGUAUGAAAUCUUUUCAGAAAGUGAAGAUGGAGCAUGGUGUCCUGAGGCAGAAACUAGAAGCCUAUUUUCAGCUGCUGCGACAAGCCGGUCCCGCCGGAGCUGCCAGCAGGCCUGCUAUGUAAGAACGGAGCCUUGGCCCUUGCCAUUCUACAAGUUGCAGUAAAUGGACUAUGGCGCAAGAAGAUUGCCUGGACAUAGGUUUCCGGCUGCCACAACUAUCUGGCCCUGCUGCUGACUAGGGGCCAGCGUAAAUGAAACAAACAAGAGAUGCUACGCAUGUGGUAUAACCGAAAUAAGAAUAGAUUGUCAUUUCCAAAAGAGAGAGAGAGAGAGAGAGAGAGAAAAGGACAGAAAGAGGAAAGGAGGAUAAGAGAUGAGAAACCUAUGUAAGUCUACACGAAAGAUGAUAGUAACAUAACGGUGGAAUAAGACUACAAAGAGUAUUGCGCUCUC